UAUUUAUUUAUUUGAUGUCCAAUAUCGUUUUGGAGUUCGACUAAUCUGUUUUAUGUUGAAAAACUCUACUUUUGGGAUAAAAUGUUGUUCUAUUAGAAGUAAUUCUAUUCUUAAGACUCGAAAACGAGACCUCUCGUUAGGAUAAGAAUUAUCCUUAAAACACAUUGGAAAUGAUGACUAACAUAUAAACUUAUGUGUGGUAUGGAACUGUUUCCUAGAAAUAAGCAAGACCUGCCAUGCAAAAGAACUCAAAAGCAACCCCCUUUCUCUACUCUUCACCAUUCACAUUUGCUUUUACCUUUAUUAUAAUUAUACCAGCUAGUUAUUCAUCUUCUUCCACUCCUCCACCCCCCUAAAACAAAGCAGCGGUAUAUCGGCCAUAGCCUCGCCGGUGACCAACUUUUCCUUAAAAAAAAAAAAGUAUCCACCAAAAAAUUUCAACAUUCGUUUACGUUUCCUGGCUCAUUUUCUGGAGAAGAAAACAAGCCAGGAAAUCGGGUUCGUCAAAUUCCUUUUUCCCUUGUAAAAAUCACAAUUUUUUUUUAAUAUUUUCUUGUGUUUGUAUAUAUUUAGAGGACAUUUUGAACAGGUUUCUCUGUAUAAGAUUGUAUUGGGUAUUUGGGAAUUGUACUGCUUGAUAUUCUUGAUUUUAAGUUUUAUGCUGCAUUGUCGAAUUGAGCCAUGACGGAUACUGGUGGAGAGAAGAAAAGAGUAGUGGUGAUUGGAGGUGGAGUUGCUGGCUCUCUUAUUGCAAAGAGUCUUCAAGACGAGGCCAAUGUUUCCCUCAUUGACAUGAAGGAGUUUUUUGAGAUUCCUUGGGCUGCCUUAAGGUCAAUGUGUGAUCCUUCAUUUGCAAAACGAGCCGUCUUUAGUCACUCUGAAUACCUUCCCCAUGCAAAAGUCCUUACAUCUGCUGCUGUUGACAUCACGGAUACAGAGGUAGUAACUGCAAAAGGCGACAGAGUCGCGUAUGAUUUUGCUGUUAUUGCUACUGGUCACUCUGACAAUAGUGCUUACACGAAAGAUGAGAAGUUCACUCAAUACCAAACAGAUCAUGAAAAGAUUAAAUCUGCCAGCUCCAUAUUAAUAAUCGGGGGAGGACAAACAGGUGUGGAACUUGCUGCUGAAAUUGUUGUGGAUUAUCCCGAUAAGAAGUUGACGAUUGUGCAUCGAGGAUCAAUGUUGUUGGAAUUUAUUGGACAAAGCGCCAGCAAUAAGGUAGUGAAUUGGCUAAAAUCACAUAAGGUUGAAAUCAUUCUGGGACAAUCUGUCGAUGUAAAUUCUGCAAAAGAAGGUGUUUACAAAACAUCUGGUGGACAAACUAUAGAUGCUGAAUGCCAUUUUAUUUGCAUCGGGAAGCCAAUUGGUUCAGGGUGGUUAAAAGAAACCAUCUUGAAUGGUAGUUUGGACAUUCAUGGAAGGUUGAUGGUUGAUGCUAAUUUGAAGGUCAAGGGUCGCAAUAAUGUCUUUGGUAUCGGAGAUAUUACUGAUAUCCCUGAACUUAAACUAGGAUAUUUGGCUCAAAGACACGCAUUGGUAGCUGCCAAGAACAUAAGACUGUUAAUAAAGAACGCGAACGACAACAACUUGAAUGUAUAUAAACCUGCUUUACCGUUGUCAUUAAUUGCUCUAGGCAGAAGAGAGGCAGUAGCACAGUUUUAUUGUUUAUCGUGUAUUGGACGCCUUCCAGGGAUGAUAAAAUCAGGAGAUUUAUUCGUGGGGAGGACUCGGAGGCAACUUGGUCUACUUGCUGAACUUCAAUAAACUUGUGAUUAUCAAGUUUAACAUGUAUUCUUUAGCUAGUUCUUCUGUAUACAUAGUUGUUAAUAAUAUUUCAUAUUCAGUUAGAUGGACCUUCUUCUCAUCUUUAAUUUUCUUCUUUCCGUUUCUUGUACAUGAUUGUUGUGUUUGUUGUGGCUUAAACUGUGUAAAAAAGUACUACUUGAGGAAAUGUUUUGUAUCGAGUU